AGGCACGUUAAGAAAUAAAUUCCUCCUCUCGACCUGCGCCAGCUCGUCUCUGGGUCACUGUGCUACAUAUUUAAACACACACCUGCUCAGAGCUAGGACAGAAAAAGUGAGCGUUUCCAGUGACAGCAUCAGAGAAGUGGAGGAAAUCUAUGCUUUUUUAAAACAAAGUCUGACUGCUAGAGACUACAAAGACCACAACAGCAGAUGCACAAGAGGAAAGCACGAAGGCGACAAUAGGGGAAACAGACUUCAGGAUGCAGAAGAUGGCAGACAGUGACAUGCGUAUGGAUGACAAUAUGACAAAUAUUUUGAAUAACCGUUAUGCUGAAAAUGGGCAUCUUCUGCCAUCAGAGAGACUGUCACCAGUUAAGAACCUGGCAAAUGGCAGCCCGUCUAAGUGUGCACGGUUCAUAAAGGUCAGGAACUAUGAAAGUAAUAUUGUAUUUAACGACACGCUUCACCUGAAGGCAACACCGGAAAGUAGCUGCACACAGCAGAUAUGUACGGGCUCAGUGAUGACACCGUUGCACUACAGGAAGCCUGAAGAUGUCCGAUCAGCUGAGGAACUGCUGUCCCUUGCAACUGAUUUUAUCAAUCAGUAUUACUCAUCAAUGAAAAGGUUUGGAUCUAAAGCCCAUACUGAACGACUUGAAGAAGUAACCAAGGAGAUUGAAGCUACAGGUACCUAUCAGCUUAGAGACACAGAGUUAAUUUAUGGGGCAAAGCAUGCCUGGAGAAAUGCAUCACGAUGUCUGGGAAGAAUUCAGUGGUCAAAACUCCAGGUAUUUGAUGCUCGGGAUUGCACAACAGCUCACGGCAUGUUUAAUUAUAUCUGUAAUCACAUCAAGUAUGCUACCAACAAGGGCAAUCUCCGAUCAGCAAUCACCAUAUUUCCCCAGCGAACUGAUGGGAGACAUGAUUUUCGUGUCUGGAAUGCACAGCUCAUCCGAUAUGCUGGCUACAAACAACCAGAUGGCUCUAUUCAUGGAGACCCUGCAAAUGUUGAACUCACUGAGAUCUGCAUCCAGCAGGGUUGGAAGGCCCCGGGAAGUCGUUUUGAUGUGCUACCCCUUCUGCUGCAAGCUAAUGGCAAUGACCCUGAGCUUUUUGAAAUUCCACCAGAACUAAUACUGGAAGUGCCCAUUAGGCACCCCAAGUUUGAGUGGUUCAAAGAUCUGGAUUUGAAGUGGUAUGGAUUGCCUGCAGUAUCCAGCUUGCUUCUGGAGAUCGGUGGUCUGGAAUUUACAGCUUGCCCAUUCAGUGGUUGGUACAUGGGAACAGAAAUUGGAGUUCGGGAUUUCUGUGACAGUUCACGCUAUAACAUCUUAGAGGAUGUUGCAAAAAGAAUGGGGCUGGACACAAAGAAAACAUCAUCACUUUGGAAAGACCAGGCCCUCGUUGAAAUAAACAUUGCUGUUCUUUACAGCUACCAGAAAGAAAAGGUAACCAUAGUGGACCACCAUUCUGCAACAGAAUCCUUCAUGAAGCACCUUGAGAAUGAAUUUCGCACCAGAGGAGGGUGCCCUGGUGAUUGGGUGUGGUUAGUACCACCAAUGUCAGGUAGCAUCACACCAGUUUUCCACCAGGAAAUGCUCAACUAUCGGCUAACACCUUCAUUUGAGUAUCAACCUGAUCCUUGGAAAACACAUGUCUGGAAGGGAGUCAAUGGUACGCCAACGAAAAAGAGAGCCAUUGGUUUCAAGAAGCUGGCAAAGGCAGUAAAAUUUUCAGCUAAGCUGAUGGGUCAAGCUAUGGCAAAGCGAGUCAAAGCAUCCAUACUGUAUGGCACAGAAACUGGAAAAUCGCAAGCCUACGCAAAGACCUUGUGUGAAAUUUUUAAACAUGCCUUUGAUGCAAAGGUCAUGUCCAUGGAGGAAUACGAUAUAGUGGAUCUGGAACACGAAACAUUAGUUUUAGUAGUAACAAGCACAUUUGGCAAUGGUGAUCCACCUGAGAAUGGGGAGAAAUUUGGCUGUGCACUGAUGGACAUGAAACAUCCAAACUCAAAUUUUGGAGAGAGGCAGAGCUAUAAGGUGAGGUUUAACAGUGUGUCCUCAUCUACUGAUGCCCGAAAGUCAUCCAUUGAAGAGACUGAACCUCGAGAUCAGUUUGAAAGUACUGGACCCCUUGCCAAUGUCAGGUUUUCAGUAUUUGGUCUUGGGUCUCGAGCCUACCCUCACUUUUGCGCUUUUGCCCGUGCUGUUGAUACUCUACUGAAAGAGCUUGGAGGUGAGAGGAUCCUUCGAAUGGGAGAAGGAGAUGAGCUAUGUGGACAGGAGGAGUCCUUUCGGACCUGGGCCAAGAAAGUUUUUAAGGCAGCCUGUGAUGUGUUCUGUGUUGGGGAUGAUGUAAAUAUUGAAAAAGCAAAUGACUCGCUGAUCAGUAAUGACUGCAGCUGGAAGAUAAACAAGUACCGUCUGACUUUCCAAGCAGAGGCACCCGAGCUUACUGAAGGCCUCUACAGUAUCCAUAAGAAGAAGGUUUAUGAUGCCCGGCUUUUGGCUCGGCAGAACUUGCAAAGUCCAAAAUCAGGUCGAUCCACAAUUUUUCUGCGCCUACAUACAAACAACCAUGAGAAACUAAAGUACCUGCCAGGAGAUCAUCUUGGGGUGUUUGCUGGAAACAAUGAGGACCUGGUCACUACUCUAAUUGACAGAUUAGAAGAUGCUCCUCCUAUUAACCAGAUGGUGAAGUUGGAAGUGUUAGAAGAAAGGAGUACAGCGUUAGGAGUAAUUAGUAACUGGACAGAUGAAAGCCGCAUUCCUACCUGCACUAUCUUUCAGGCUUUUAAACACUACCUGGACAUCACAACUCCACCCACACCCCUGUUACUACAGCAAUUUGCUAUGCUCGCCACAGAUGAAAAGGAGAACAAAAGGCUUGAAGUUCUUAGCAAGGGUUUGCAGGAGUAUGAAGAAUGGAAAUGGUACAACAAUCCUACGGUAGUGGAGGUUCUUCAAGAGUUUCCCUCCAUCAGAGUCCCGUCAACUUUUCUGCUUACCCAGCUUCCCUUGCUGCAGCCUCGUUAUUACUCCAUCAGCUCAUCAUCUGACAUGUACCUGGAGGAAAUCCACCUUACGAUUGCUGUGGUUUCCUACAGGACAAGAGAUGGAGAUGGACCAAUACAUCAUGGUGUCUGCUCUUCCUGGCUGAACAGCAUAGAAGUGGAUGAGAUGGUACCAUGCUUUGUUAGGAGAGCUCCAAACUUCCACUUGCCACAAGAUCCCAAAAUUCCUUGCAUUCUAAUUGCACCAGGGACAGGUAUUGCACCUUUCAGAAGUUUCUGGCAGCAACGCCUACAUGACAUCGAACACAAAGGGCUUAAACCUUGUCCAAUGUAUCUAGUAUUUGGGUGCCGACAAUCAAAACUUGAUCAUAUAUACAAAGAGGAAGCAAUGCAAGCAAAACAUAAAGGUGUCUUCAGAGAACUCCAUACAGCUUAUUCCCGGGAACCUGACAAGCCAAAGAAAUAUGUCCAAGAUGUCCUACAAGAACAGCUUGCAGAAACAGUAUACAAAGUCUUGAAGGAUCAGAAUGGCCAUGUCUAUGUGUGUGGUGAUGUCACCAUGGCAAGAGAUGUCAUGAAGACCAUUCAGCAAAUUGUGAAGCAGCAGGCCAAACUAAGCUUAGAGGAUGCUGAUCUUUUCAUCAGUAGAUUACGGGAUGAAAACAGAUACCAUGAAGACAUUUUUGGUGUUACGCUUCGUACCUAUGAAGUUACCAAUCGCCUUAGGUCAGAAUCCAUUGCCUUUACUGAAGAAAGCAAGAAAGACACAGAUGAGUAA